AUUUUUCGUAUUUUUAUUGUGAGGCACUGCAAAAUUUAUGAGUAGUGGUCAAUAAAGAUCUUAAAAAUCUUAAGUGUUUUAAAUGAAGAUUGCUGUUCAAUUUGUAGGAGCCAAAAAUGUGGGUUUCAACUAUGUCCCUCAAACAUGCCCAAACUGUAUUAUCUGUGUCUGAUUUUACCCAGAAUUACACAUACAGGUGUAUACUUUGUGCAGAUGGCCACAACUAUUGGUGUUUUUCUGUGCUGUGAUAUUUAAGUUGUAUUAAGCUUAUGUUCAUCAAAAUCCAUCCGUGGGGUGUUUUUUUUUUCGGUUUUUUUUUUUUUUGGUUUUUUUUUUUUUUUUUGUUUUUUUUUUAACCUUCCCUUCCCUUCCACUUGUAUGUGAAUCUGGACAGAUCUAAGCAGCACACAGCCAUAUGAGCCUGCAGAACUGGGACCGGCUCCUUCACCUGGCAGAACCCCCGGGAUUACUGGCAAUGCAGUGACACAGAAUUCCAGAAUCAGGUUGGAAAAGCGCUCUGAAACCAUGGAGUCCAACCUACAACCAAACACACCGCCUUGUCAACUGCACCAUGGCACUUAGUGCCACAUCCAGUCUUUCCUUAAACACCUUCACCAUCCCUCGGUAAGUCCACUCCAAUGUGUAAUCACCCUUUCUAUGAAGAAAUUCCUCAUAACGUCCGACCUCAAUCUCAUAUGGCAGCAUCACCAUUUACGGCGCAGAACUUAGCAAUGAGAAGAGGCUUUUAGCACACAGAUACACCUUCUCUGGACUCCCCUCAGCCCUACACGUUUAUGCUCUCACACAACACUCCCCUCGCACAGGAAAGAGCAGCUUCUCUCCUGCAGAACGAGAUCUUCGAAUUCGCUCAGAUCGCCCGCAGCCAGCUGUAGAACCGAAACCUCGGCUGAGAAACUCAACCCUCAGUGCUUAAACUGCAACUCAUUUCCUUCUCGCCGCACACCUCGCAGGCAGCGGCAUUGCCUCACCUACCGCUAGCCAGCUGGAAAACAAAAAAGAAAAAAAAAAAAAAAAAAAAAAGAAUGCGCUACACGUUUCUGAGGGCUCGGCGGCAGGGCGGGCGCCCCAGGCAGAGGAGCGCACGCCAUCUCCGCGGGGGCCGAGCGCCCCUCGGGCGGCGGGCGCUGCAGGCACGGAGCCCCUCCACAGGGCUCCCGCCGGAGCACGGCCGGGCCCAGGGGCGCCGCGGGAGCGGAGGGGGCCGUGCCGAGCCGGGGCUGCGGCGGAGGCGGCCGCGGGGCGGGACACGGGCGGGACACGGACCCGCCGCCCUCACGUCAGCGCUCCCCCUUCCCCGGCGGGCUGCCCCGGCCGCGCGGUGCGUUGUGGGAGCGGCGCUGAGAUGGCGGCGGCCGCCGCCGGGCUGAGCUGGAGGCGGGUGUCCUCCUUCACGGGGCCGGUGCCGCGCUCCCGCCACGGGCACCGCGCGGUCGCCAUCCGAGAGCUGCUCAUCAUCUUCGGCGGCGGCAACGAGGGCAUCGCCGACGAGCUGCACGUCUACAACACGGUUACAAAUCAAUGGUUCCUUCCUGCUGUAAGGGGAGAUAUUCCUCCAGGCUGUGCAGCACAUGGAUUUGUUUGUGAUGGUACCAGAAUACUGGUUUUUGGAGGAAUGGUUGAAUAUGGAAGAUAUAGCAAUGAUUUAUAUGAAUUGCAGGCAAGUCGAUGGCUCUGGAAAAAAGUAAAACCUCAAGCUCCUUCAAAUGGAUCACCACCCUGUCCUCGGCUUGGCCACAGCUUUUCUUUGUAUGGUAACAAGUGCUAUUUAUUUGGUGGCCUGGCAAAUGAAAGUGAAGAUUCAAAUAAUAAUGUUCCCAGAUAUUUAAAUGAUUUCUAUGAACUGGAGCUGCAACAUGGGUCUGGCGUGGUCGGCUGGAGUAUUCCUGUGACCAAAGGAAUCUUGCCAUCUCCCCGAGAAUCUCACACAGCCAUUGUGUACUGCAGAAAAAAUGUGGGAAGCCCAAAGAUGUAUAUUUUUGGAGGCAUGUGUGGCUGUCGGCUUAAUGAUCUCUGGGAACUUGACAUAGAAACCAUGACCUGGUCAAGACCAGAAACCAAAGGGACAGUUCCACUUCCUCGUAGUCUCCAUACGGCCAAUGUAAUAGGAAACAAAAUGUAUGUUUUUGGUGGAUGGGUUCCACAGUCAACAGGAGGUGAAAUUUCUGCUCCUGAUGGUGAAUGGAAAUGCACCGGUUCAUUUUCUUACCUUAAUUUGGAUACCACGGAAUGGAUAGGUCUGAUCUCGGAUUGCCAGGAGGACAAAAGUAACUUGUUACCAGGGCCAAGAGCAGGACACUGUGCUGUAGCUGUUGGCACUCGUCUGUAUAUCUGGAGUGGUAGAGAUGGUUACAGAAAAGCUUGGAACAAUCAAGUUUGCUGCAAAGAUCUUUGGUACCUUGAUACUGAGAGACCUCAAGCACCAUCACAGGUACAGCUGAUCAGAGCUACAACCAACUCUUUUCAACUGAAGUGGGAUGAAGUACCUACAGUUGAGGGAUAUCUUCUUCAAUUACAUGCUGACUCACCAGUGCCACCGGUGGCUGGAAUUCCUGGUACUGGCAUUCCUGAGACAUCAGUGUUGAGUUCACAAGGUGGCUGUUCUCUCCAUCAGAGUCCACAAUCAUUGCCUAGCAUCCCUUAUCCAGAAAUGAAGGUGGAUCAUCCCAGCCAAACAAAUAAUCUCAUUCCUAAUAACGUCCAAGUUGCCUUUUCAUCCAGUUCAAAAGUAGAAGGAAAAGAAAAGGUUGCAGCACCUGAAAACAAGGUUACACAGGAGACUAUGAAAAACCAUGCAGAUGCUACAGGAUUCAAAGAAUCAAAUGCCCCUUCUCUUUUGCCUGUUUGUACUUCAAGUGCUCAGACAUCAGCAAAUGUAGGUGAAUUACAUGACUUGGACAAACAAAGUGUAAAUCCUGAUGCUUCUGUAUCCAGUACUGUCUCCAGCGCACAAACUAUGGUAACCCAGCAGGCUGUUAAAACUGAAUCAUCAAGUACAAAUGGGGCAGUUGUUAAAGAUGAAACUUCACUAACAACAUUCAAUUCAAAAUCUGAAGCUGCUGAAACUGCUUAUGUCAUGCCUUCACCAAGGGUCAAUACUGGACAGACAAAUGAUUCACAUUCUUCUAGAGCUCCCCAGAGGCCGCCGGCACCGGUGAAAACCAGGGAUCGCCGGUGGUAUGAUGUGGGAAUUUUUAAGAACAACAGUGCUGUGGUGAGCCAGUUCUACUUGCUGCCAGAGGAAACAAUGAACAUCAAUAGCAAGACAGAAGGUGCAGAUGUACCAGACUACAGAUUACUUAAGAAACAGGAUCUGUUUCCAGGCACAGUGUACAGGUUCAGAGUUGCUGCAAUUAAUGGCUGUGGUAUUGGGCCUUUCAGUAAAAUCAGUGAAUUCAAGACAUGCAUUCCAGGUUUUCCUGGAGCUCCUUCAACGGUCAAAAUCACCAAGAGUGUAGACUGUAUUCAUCUUUCUUGGGAGCCUCCAGCUUCACCCUCUGGAAAUAUUUUAGAAUACUCUGCCUACUUAGCCAUCCGUUCCACGCAACUACAGGAAAAUCCAAGUCAACUUGUAUUUAUGAGGAUAUACUGUGGUCUUAAAACCUCCUGUGUAGUGACUGCUGCCCAGCUUUCCAACGCCCACGUGGAUUACACCUCCCGGCCUGCCAUAGUGUUCAGGAUCUCGGCCAAGAACGAGAGGGGCUACGGCCCGGCCACGCAGGUUCGGUGGCUCCAAGAUAUGAAAACAUCAGGCUCAAAGUAGAAACGACGUAAUAGAUCUCAAGUUUCGAAUGUAGUGUUCAAUGUAACUCUUGUACUAUUUGUAAAUGCUACAAAUAUUUUAUUUUUUCAUUGUUUUUAUCUUAAGAAUGUAUAACCUUUUUUACGUUUGACACAUCAGCGUUACAGAGCCUUGCUCAGGUAUGAGUAUCAUAUAGAAAAUAUAUCAGAGAUGGUGGGGUGGAGGAUCACACUUUAUCCAGCAGCUCUUUUUGGUAGUGAUAUGUUAAAAUGUAAAGAACACCGAGUUUCAAAUUAAAAAUGAAUCAAAGAAUUGGCACAAGUAGUAGUAUUUGAGGUAGAGUCCCCAUGAUUGCUACAGAUCUUGAAUAGAUAAAUCAUAAGAUUUGGCAUAUGAGCAAAAUCUGUUUGGUUUCGGUUCCCUAUACCACAUUCUUCAUUGUGGUGCCUGAGUACAAGGCAAAAAUUUCCAGUUAUUAUAUAGUAACUUAAAAUGUAUAAAUAUUUUAAUAUAUACCUUUUUUGUAAAGAAAUGAUUUUUUCUACUAUUUGUAACAAAUAUCUUAAUCUUGAAAGAUAUCCCCUGAAAAUUUAAAAGGAAAAAGAUAAACUUAUCCAUUGCUCUUAUUACAAAAAACGUAAAUUCAUUGUAAAUGCACUACUAUUAGUUAAAAUUAUCCUUUUGUAGUUGUACAAAUCUUAAACUUGUAAAUACCAAUGUUUACAAGAGACCUUUCUGGUCUUCUAUUAAAACUUCCAUGAGAUUCAUUCUUUUUUUUUUUUUUUUUAAUCCAUAUGCUUUGCUUUUAGCAUAUGCUUGCUUUUUGCACUAAUAAUAACUUACCUCAUUCCUGUGUUAGUAAUCACUUGUGUUGCUUCCAUAAUGUUUCUGUAAAACUUCAAUCUGAAAAUUUUAACCAAAGUUUAGAAUACACGGUAAGCAAUUUUGCACAUAUUAUAUGGCAACUCUCAACAUAUUUAUUCCAGUUAAUCUUCUUAAGUGCUUGUUUGCUUUACCAAUAUAUUCUACCAAUCAAGUUCAGUAUCUCCCUUUUACUAUGCAUCAUUUUACAUUUACUAGCUAGCUGAUAAAAUCAACAAGCAUUACUUCUAGGAGUAGGUUGAUCCAUUCCUAUGCGAAAAGCAAAAGAAUUGCUCACAGUAGUGAAAUAAAGGUAAACAUUUUAAAUACUAUUUAUGUAUCUAUAUAUAAAACUAUGUUUACCAAAGUGUAGAGGAAAAUGGCUGAGUUGGACAAGGUCACUAGGUGAACAGAUUGAGGCACCAAAAUAAGAUUUAUUUUGAAAUAAAAUCUAAAUUAUUUAUUGUGCAAUGAAGUUUAUACUUUGCACUUUAAUUUUGCCCCAAAUGCCAAAAGAUUAUACAUCAAGGUAGAACUUCUUGCCUCUUCCAGUUAAAUUUGUCUUAAGAGCAUUUGUAAAUAUAUAAACUAAAAUCAAUGAUGUGCCUGGUUUGGUGGGAGAAGUAUGACUCAAGUGGUAGAGAUUUAGCAGCUGAAGUAUCCCAGAGCAGAUUUAAUAGCCAAGUGUUGGCUACCCUGAGAAUCAGGGUUUUAACGAAGUGCUGGUACAGCCUUAAUUAUUGCAAUGCAUCACAUGCUCCAAUAGCAUAUAGAAAGUGCUGGGGACCAUAAAUGCUUGUAAUAGUGUUAACUGUGGCACAGGAGCAACACACGUGGUUUGACUCCAGAGGAAAAUCACGUGCUUAUGACAAUGACAGAUAUCCCAGUUUCACUUUAAACAGUGUUUAUAGUAUGAAUGUAUAGGACUUUUCCUGAAGUUAACUGGCUUUAAGAUAUUUGUGUUUUAAUGGUCCAUUUCGUCAGGUAGGAUCUCACUACCAAUACUGUCUGAUAACUAAAGUACCAUACACAUGAACUGUCAACUAGAAGAAUAGAAUUUGGUUUUUCUUAUUAGUACUGUGAAAGAAGCCUUUAGAGAAAAACUUGUGGCUUUGAUUUUGUUGGCUGAUAGCUGUGAUUGUAGAGUUGUUAUUUAAGAAUAAAACCUGUUGGGUGUGUCUGGGUGGAGUUUUUUUUGCACUUGGUUUCACAUGCUUUGCACAAUUUCUUUUUUCAGUGGGUAUGUCACGACUACCAAAGGGUAAAACUGUGGCGUUUUCAAUGAAAGUAUAAUUUCCUUGUAAGUGUGCUUUAUUCAGCUGACUUGACAUAAGAUGUCACUUCUCUCUUUUUUUUGUCCGAGUUGGGUAAUGUUGAAUAGUGAUCAUAUGCAACUCUUCAGUUGCUCACAGUUUUACUUUAAACUGAAAUUGUGGUACACACUGUAAAAUACACUUUGUGGUCUGUUUUUAGAACUGUAUUUAUAAUGUCUAAAUCCCACCUGUUUGCCUAUCAACUAGGUAUCAGACAAAUAUUGAUUGUUCAAUUUUAAAGUUUAGACUGUUGGCACCAGCUCUUUGAGACUCCAUGUUAUCCAUUUAUUUCAGAUACUGCUAAAGGACAUGUAACAGAAGCUGAAAUCUAUCAGAUUACAGUAUCCAUAUUGUAGAAAUGUCUAGGUUUACUGAACUCCUUAGGGAGGUUGUGGCUGUGUAAACAUAGGACAGUCGUGCCAGUUAUGGCAGGCAUGGCUACAGCUUCGUCUUCAGAAUGUUCUUGUGGAAGUGGAAAUGAAGUGAACAAUAACUUACACUUUGUGUUUUCAAAGUAAUUAUAGCAAUAUUUUUUGAAUGUAGUUUGGAGUAGAGCACAUGAUCAUGCCAUAAAACUCUGAGGAUAUAAUAAUAAGUAUUACUGUUGUUAUCUGAUUAUUUCAGGAUAGUGAAUUUCACGUGAACUUAGUCUUACAGCCUGUUACUUAAUGACCUCUACAAGGAAACUGACAUUUUGUACAAUACAAGUUGAUUAGUCUUAUUUUGAAGCAUUGUUUGUUCUUUGUAAUAAAGUGGUUGUCCU